CACCAAAUCAACGCACCAUUUUGUAUCAGGAGGAAUCAACAGGGUUCUCUCUUUUUUUGUUUAAUUAUAUUUUUUUCCGCCGCGUUGGACCACUCUCUGAACUCCUCCAACCACCGUUCGCCGGAGCUUAUUUCUUCAAUGGCUUCCUGCAGCUUAAGAACUGCAGAUUUUAGAGUCUCAGGGUUGGAUGUUGGUAGGGGAAGAGUCUCUACUUUAGCACCUUGUAGCUUAAGAAAUUGGAUAGGCAGGACACCACAGCGAUAUUUGAGUUUGAGAAUAUCACAUUCGUCUCGCAAGGCUUUACAUGCAUGUUGUAUUACAUCGCCCGAGACCCAGAGUUCUGAAGAAACAAAAGUUUCCAGUUUGGCAAGCCAACUUAUCCCAAAUCUGCAUGAGGUUGAAACCCUGCUCACAAACAUAUGUGACACAUCCUCGAUUGUGGAGUUUGAACUGAGACUUAGCGGAUACGAUUUGCAUAUGGUGAGGGGCUUAAAAAGUGAAGAUUUACCUCCUCCCCCAGCUCCCACUCCUGCUCCUGUUAGUCAAAAUACAAGUUCUGUAGGAUCGGAAUUAAAUGAAUCGGUUAAAACAACAUCAUUAGCUUUGUUGAAACCAGAGCAUGUUUCCUCUUCUCCAGAGGGGAACUCGAGAUUCAUUGAAAAAGCUACAGAUGAAGGCCUGGCAAUACUUCAAUCUCCUAAAGUUGGGUUCUUUCGGCGAUCUCGAACCAUAAAAGGCAAGCGUGCUCCACCAUCAUGUAAAGAGAACCAGGUAGUAAAAGAGGGUCAAGUGCUUUGUUACGUUGAUCAGUUAGGUGCUGAGAUCCCUAUUGAGUCUGAUGUAUCUGGAGAAGUCGUGGAGAUACUGCGGAAGGAUGGGGAGCCUGUUGGAUAUGGAGAUGCUCUUAUUGCGGUUCUGCCUUCAUUUCCUGGGAUAAAGAAGCUUCAGUAGAUCGUUUGUUUCCAAAUCAGUUCAUUACUCUUUCAAAUACUAUGCCUCUACAUUAUUGGUUUAAAAAAAUGAUUGCAUUUUCCAUAAUUUGAAUUCAGAUUUAUGGUAACUCGAGUAUAGUUGAACAGGUUAAAAUAUUAGUAAAUUCUCUUCAAUUGUUGGCUUGAA